AUGUCGCUACAACUCCCCCAAGAGUCCCCAUCGCGGCCGCUAAGCAUCCGAACCACGGGCACAUCGGCGACCAUGGCGGAUAAGACUGGGGAAACAUGGAGAAGCGCCGUCGACAAGCACAACUGCUGGGAAGACCUGAUACUCACAUUAGAUGGCGGAGGGAUACGGGGCUACUCUAGCCUAAUCAUCAUUCAACGGCUCAUGCACGAGGUCGCGCAAUGUGAACGGCGACUACAAGAGGAAGAGGGACCCGUGCCUGGCAGCAACCGCAGGGAGUUCGACGAGGAUGCGUUGCUGCCAUGUCACUACUUCGAUUACAUGUACGGCACUAGCACAGGCGGCCUCAUCUCAGUCAUGCUAGCGCGACUGCGCAUGACCGUACCACAAUGCCUGGAGAUCUAUCGACGCGUCGGCCACGAGCUCUUUGGUCAUCGACGGAAUACUCUGCCUUUGGCGACCAAGUAUCACCACAAACCGCUCGAGAAGGCAGUAUGCGAGAUUGUUGGCCAAUACUGCAAGCUCCAUCCAAACUGCGACGGCAAGGACUGGCACCCGUGGGACUGGGACCCCGUCGAUGAGGAGCCGUCGCGUCUCUCCGCGGCCUCCACCGUGAACAGCAGCUCGACAUUCAAAAGCUCAUACACGGACGCCCCGAUCCAGCCAGUGGACAGGAUAUGCCAAUCAAUCUGCCUCACGGCAACACACAACGGCCAGAUCGACGAGGCCUAUCUACUCCGCUCCUACAAUCACCGCUACGACCAAGACAUUCUCCCGCCCUGGGUGCGGCCGUACAACGAGGGUGCUGACAAGCUGAAAAUAUGGCAAGUGACCAGGGCAACAUCAGCAGCACCGUUUUACUUUGACAUGCUCGUCGCAGACCUUGGUAAAAAGCGCGGCAGGAAGGGCUUCAAAGAUGGUGGCAUUCGCGAGAACAACCCUUCGUACGCAGCAUAUAGCGAGCACGCAUCACUAAGAGGAGACGAACACGAACCAGCAUUGCUCUUGUCCAUUGGGACUGGACGCCCAAACAGCAACAACGACGGAUUCGCUGCAGUCUGGCCCGGACCUCUUGGGAAAAUACCUCUCUUGCAGAAAUGGAGCGAGAAGUUUGCAGUCUUCAAAAACGUCUUGAUCAAAUACACCGAAGGUGAGGCGCGACACAAGACAAUGCGCUCCAUCGCCAAGGGAGAGCACCGAUGGUACAAGCGCAUGAACGUCGACCAAGGAAUGGAUGGCCUUGCGCUCGACAACUGGGAAAAGGGGCCAUGGCUCAACCUGCAGACAGGCGAAGAGAAAGUAGUCACAGGCGGCAAGACGCUCUCGCGUAUGGAAAAAGCGACAGGCGACUACAUGAACCGCGAUAACGUCGAGACAUUGGACGGCGUCAGGGAGUACCAGCCUCCCAAAAUCGUGCUCCAGCAGAUUGCAGAGCGCCUCGUGCGCCACCGCCGCCUGCGCGAGGAAACCAAAAACGAUAACCUCAAGCGCUGGCAGACGCACAUGGGCCAGUGGCUGACUGGCGAGCUGAGAGACGAAGACUCCGCCAUCCACAUCCCGCCGCGCACCAGCCGGAAGGCCUCGCGAUCCAAGUCGCGGCCCGCCACGCCGGGACGCGCGUGA